CACGCCCCUUCAUUGACUAAAAAGUGUUUACUUAAUUUUUCAUCAUUAUGUGAUUUAUGUAUGAGCAGGUUUAAUAAAUUCGAACGUAAUAAAUUUCGCAAAUGCUUCAUAAUCUAUUAUUCAGCUCUCAGUUUAGCAACAAUGGAGAAGGUAAUCAAGAGAACUCUAUAUUGUGCUCAAAUUAAAUAUCCAUAAUAUAAAUUAGAGAAUUACAAUCUAUAUCGAAAUGGCUGUCGGAGGAGGAGGUAACAUGGACAAUUCUGUGAUAUUAAUUGCUGCAAGUGCCUUUGGGGUUUCAACUAUCAUUAUUGCUUUCAUAGGUUGUAUGUGGUGCCGCAAUAAAUGGAAAAAGCUAACUCAACGCCAUUACAGACUUAAUUCAGUUCAUGAAACAUCUGUGCCACCUUCACAAAAUGUUACAGAAUUUACCAUUUUCCCACCUCCAUCGAGCAGUCAGUUCAGCCUACCACCUGGUAUUAGUGGAGAUGAAGUAGUAUUUGAACCUCUGCCAGAAAUAAGGAGUCGUGUUUUAGAAUCUACUUCUGAAAAUAUUCGUCCUGCUCGUUUUAUGGGAUCUUUCGGUAAAGUCUCUCUUCAAGACUGGUUUGAUGAACAUCAGAUAAAUUUCCCAAGGACCCAGUUGAAGUAUCUCCGUGAAGUUGGCACUGCAUGGUAUGGCCAAGCUGUAGAAGGUGAAGCUUAUAGUAUUCUACAAUCUGAAGAAAAGACAAAAGUGGUGGUGAAAAUACUAAGAGUAGAUGCAACAGCUACUGAACACAUGCAGUAUUUACAAGAAACUCGACCAUUUAGAGAUUUAUGUCAUCCAAAUCUGCUGCGUUUAUUGGGGAGAUGUUUGGAAGUCCAUCCUUUUCUUUUAAUUAUGGAGCACUGUGAUAUGGAUUUAAAAACAUACCUUAUAGAAAAGCGAAAAUCGCCUGAAAUACUGUUGAAAAAUGGUCUGUUACUACGCAUGGCAUGUAACAUUGCCUCAGCUCUUCAGCACUUGCAUGAACAUGGUUUUCUUCAUACUGAUAUAGCUGCUCACAGUUGUUUGGUUGUACAAGACAGUAUUGUUAAACUUGGUGAUUAUGGUACUGCUGUUCAUUUGCAUAGAGGUGACUUCUAUUGCCUUGGAGAUGUUGCAUUUCCUAUUAGAUGGUGUGCUCCAGAAUCUUUGCUGUGCACUGAGAGUAUUAUUGAAGCAAAAGAUAUCACACGAGACUCUAACAUAUGGUCAUUUGGAGUUCUACUUUGGGAGCUUUUAGAAUUUGGAAAGUUGCCUUAUUUUGGUAUCAACGAUAGUGUUGUCAUUCAAAAAGUUUUAAUUGAAUGUGCUUUAAAACUUGAGCAACCCAAAACACCUUGUGUUCAUAAAGAUAUGAUCUACAAAAUUAUGCAACUUUGUUGGCUGCCACCAGCACUGCGGCCCACAAUUCAGAAAGUAGGAAACCUUUUGAGCUAUUUGUAUGACAACAAGGAUAUCCUUUCAGAAUCCACUGCAUUUGAGUCUCGCUGGAAUUCUAUGCAGCCAGUUCCUAGAGAACACAACCUGCCAAAUGUGCCUCCAAAUGUGUCUUUGAGGUUUGAGAAUGAUUUUAUUCAAAGAAAGGAGUUAGAUUCAUCAUCAAGAGACUGUGAUAGCAUUAUGUCCUCAGAUUUUGAUUUGAAUCCAUAUGGAAAUAAAUCUCCCUCAAGUGGUUCAUUUUCAAUUGGUUAUGAAGGUGAGCUUGCUAAUGAUAUGUCUCCUAGUCUUUUGAAUUUACGUGGUAGUGUGGAAGAUUUAAUAGCUUCAACUCCAGAGAAUAAUACUACAAAUGAACCUAGCAGUAGUGCUGGUACCUCUGAACUGCAUAGUUUAGAAACACUUCCUGCAGAAAAUGAAGUAAUUGAAACAGACGCCAUUGAUUUAUGUAUUAAUGAAGCUAUUAAAGACUUAGAUUCCAUACUUGCUGAUGAGACAGCAUCCUCAAAUGCAUCUACAUGCAAUACUCCUGAGAAGAAUAGGUAUGUAGACUCUGCCUCUGUAGAUAUGAAUUGUGAAUAUCCUACAAUCAAUGGUGGCCACUGUGAAAAAGUUGAAGAAAAUUGUAAUAUAAAUCACCAUACUGUUGUAUUGGACAAUGAUAAUAUUAAAAUAGCACAAGACUUGUCCAGUAAGCAAGUUAAAAGCACUGCAGCCCCUUUUAAUGCUCCUGUUCAUGUAACUCUAUUUGAAGAGUAAUCAAAUGCAAAUUAUUGUCUUGAAAAGCUUAGUUUACCUCAUGUCAUCCUGCCAUUCCAAUUCUCUAUGUAAUGAAAACUUGCCAAAGUGUCUUAAAAAGACUUCAUAAUGUGUACUUAAUGUUUUUACAUGCCACUUUUUAGCAACUGUUUGUAGCUUUUUUUUUUUUUUUUUAAUUACUAUUAAAUUUUGAUUUUGGACUGCAGGUUAAUGGGUGGGGGAGAGAAUUAAAAAUACCCUUCUGUUCAACAAGUUUGCUGAAAAGUCAUGCCACUUGCAUGAAAUGUAACAAUAAUUGGAUUUUAUUGUGGGAAGGAAUUAGUGUGCUCUGAAGCGUCUUGUGAUCAUUCAGCACAAUGUUGCAUUUUGAGCAAACAAGCUGGGCUUUCUGUGAUCAGAAACAGAUCCCAAUCAUUUUGCAACCACUUUAUUUGCCAGAUGAAUUUCUUUCUCACUUAACUGUUUUCUCUAAUUGAGAUAGUUGGGGUUAAUUUUUGUAAAUGGGGGAAGGUGUUGAGUACCUAAAAUGAUGUAACAAUCUGUCUAUGACAAGUAUCAAAAGAAAUGUUCGACUAGUAUUUCUAGAAAUAUCAGGAGCUCUAGAAUAAGUAUGUAUGUUCUAGUAGAUAUUAUUUCAAAAGUUAUUAGGUUUCAAACAGAAAGGCUCUACAAGUAUUUUCUACUAGCUUUUUGAAUGCAGGAGCAUAUUUUCUAAUCUAUAUUUCAUUUUUUAUUAAAGAAAAUGAAUUUAUUAAUAAUAGAGCUAUAAAUAUUUCACUGCAAUUAAAUAAAUUAGUUUUUGAUAAAUUAAGGAGAGCAAUAGGACAUUUAUAGAUUAAAAUGAAAAUUUAAAAAAAUACACUGAAAAUAAUCAUUAUAAAAUGUCAUUAUUCUGAAAAUAUUUUAGGUAUCAAAUUUUGUAUUUAUAUCAUGGAUGUUACUUGUUGUGUAAGAAAAUGCAGUUGAAUUCUUUAAUUCUUGUGUACAAUCAAAAGUAUUUCCAUCUUAUUCUAAAAUCACAUUUUCCCAUUUCUUUUUUUAAAUUUCGUAUAUGAUUAUAUUGUGAAUUGCAUGCUAGGAUAUUAAUUUGUUAUCCAGGAUUGUUCUAUUAAAAAUAUUAAUGAAAUAGAUGGUAAAAAGUAAUGUUAUAUAUAUAACAGAAAAUUUCUGGAGUUGCACAAGUAGGAAUUGUGAAGCCUUAAGGCACAUCCUAAUUGCUAUUCAAAGAAAAGUAAUGUAAAAGGGUGAAAAAUAGUAAAUAUACUCUGUGUCUUAAGGUGGGGGCGCCCAAAGGGAAGUUCAAGUUUGGUGGCCUACCAUUUCAUAUGGCUGAGUUGAAUAUUAAGUUAUUGUCACAAUUUCUAUCUGUUCUGUAAUAUUGCUUAGUUGUCAAUUUUAAAAAUAAUUCUGCAUAGGUUUCAGAAUAAAUUGUUUGCAUGGAGGAUACAGGUAGUUAAUAGUUAAAACCAAGGUUACCAUUUGCAACAUAAACAGCUCUGUAUGUUAUUCAGUGUUUUAUCUGUAGCUAUGAAUGCUUGUGAUCCAUUAAGCUUAAAUUUCUCUGAAGUAUGCUGCUGUUAGCUGGUACUCUUAAAUCGUAAAUUAAUUCACAUAAGGAAUUAGUUUUUGAGUAGGUCUUAUUCAAAUUGUUAGUCUGCAAUGUUUUAUUUUACACUGUAGCAAUGGUACAAGUAAAAAGGUAAAAUUUACUGUUACAAUCCAAAUUCAUAUAUUUUUAUAUAAAAUAUAUACAUCUUAUAUAAUGGCAUUUAUUUUUACUAUUGCAUAGUUUAGAAGCAUGCCUUUAGCUUUAGCAUGCUUUUAAGAGGUAUUUUUAUAUUUACUGUAUAUGAAAAAAUUGACACAUUUUGCUGGCAACUGCAUGAGAAGAAUGAGUAGACUAGUUUUAAGAAAGGUAAUACUUCCUGUACAUACUUGUUAAACUUCUCUUUUAUCAUUGUUUAUCCUUUUCCAUUCUUUUGUAAAGAAGCCAAGAAUCGGAUCUCAAAUAAAAAUAUUUGGAAAAUGUGAAAUUUGAUUUUAUCAAAUGAUAUAAAUUUUACUUAUAUUUUGUGCUGUGCACAAAAUUCAUGUAAUGUAGUUUAAAUGUUGGGUAUUUCUUGUUUUAUUGUAUUCUAACCUUUUGAAUAAUGAUUUUUCUACCUCUUAUUAUUUGUAUUUUUGAAAAGUCAUCUUAGAAUUAUGUAAUUAUUGAAAACCAAACAUUUAUAUUGAUAUAGUUUUUAAAUUUUUAGAUGAAUUUUUGUCUAAUCUUUGGAACAUGGUAACAGGUAUUUUGGUGACAUUUUGGUAAGGCAAUAAAGGUUACUAGCUAGGACUUUAGCAGUGUAGAUGGAUAAAGUCAAGAGUGUGCACAAUGCCAUUUUUGUGCAAUUUGGGAUUUUUUUAAGUGAA